UCUCUCACAGAGUUCAUUCAAGUUCAUAUGACAACAGACCGGGUGCCUCUACAGAGCAGCACUCUGCCGGCUGCGCACUUCGGGAUCAGACAUGUUUUCAAAAUCAUUGCUUAAGACGGGCUUCUAUUUACGCAGGACUGAAAAUAGCGGAAUAAAAUGCAUGUUGUCGGCAUUCCUCAGCACCGAAAAUCCGACGCACAGUACCUUGAUAGAUGGUGAUAAACAAAAAACGAUGGAUGAUUUGGGUGGACCUAGCUUUCUAACAUCCUUAUACUGGCUAUUUGGAAAAGGUUAUUUCAAUAAGACACAACAAAUGCAGAUAGAGCACAAAAAAAUAUAUGGUCCGCUCUGGAAGUCCAAAUAUGGGCCACUGGUGGUUGUUAAUGUGGCCCGUGCAGAUCUCAUAGAAGAGGUCCUGCGACAAGAGGGUCGCCAUCCGAUCCGCACUGAUAUGCCCCACUGGAGAGGCUAUCGACAACUCCGAAAUCACGCUUAUGGGCCCCUCACAGAAAUGGGAGCAGAAUGGCAGCGAAUCAGGAGCAUACUGAACCCUCGCAUGCUAAAGCCCAAACAUGUUUCCUCCUACACUAAUGCCAUAAAUGACGUAGUGAGCGACUUUAUUGAGAAAGUGGACUGGCUUCGGAGAACAAAAGGCAAUGGCGUAAUGGUACACGACGUGGCAGGAGAAUUAUACAAGUUUGCCUUCGAAGGAAUUUGCUCAGUGUUGUUUGAGACUCGAAUGGGCUGUCUGAAUGAGGUAGUUCCAGAGGAAACACAGAAGUUUAUCUUCUCUGUUGGGGAAAUGUUUCGCCUCUCACCCAUCCUCGUCCUCUUCCCUAAAUCUGUGUGGCCCUACAUGCCUUUUUGGAAGAGUUUUGUGUCUGUGUGGGACCAUUUGUUCAAAGUUGCGGAAGAACUGGUGCAGAAGAAGAUUAUUGAGAUUCAGGAAAGGGUGAAAGAAGGGAAGCCAGUGGAGGGAGAGUAUCUCACACACCUGCUGGUCAGCGAGCAGAUGUCAGUCACUGAAAUAUUGGGAAGCAUCACAGAGCUUCUGUUGGCUGGAGUUGACACAACGUCAAACACUAUUUCCUGGGCGCUUUAUCGCUUAGCCCAAGAGCCAGAGAUCCAGCAGAAGCUGCAUGAAGAGGUUGUAAGUGUCUGUCCUGGUGACGCGGUGCCCUGCAGUGAUGACAUCAACAGGAUGCCUUUGCUAAAGGCCGUCGUAAGAGAGACGCUUCGUUUAUAUCCGGUGGUUCCAGGGAAUGCUCGCGUCGUUGCUGAAAAUGAAAUAGUGGUGGGCGAUCAUCUCUUUCCAAAAAAUACUUUGUUCCAUCUUUGCCACUUCUGCGUGUCCUAUGAUGAGACUGUGUUUCCCGAUCCUUAUGCCUUCCUACCACAGCGAUGGAUCCGGGGGCAAAAGCAGCCAAAUCAACACCCCUUUGGUUCUGUUCCAUUUGGCUUCGGUAUCCGUGCCUGCCUGGGCCGCAGAGUGGCUGAACUGGAGAUGCACCUCCUCUUAUCACAGUUAAUUAAACACUAUGAGGUGCUGCCAGAUCCUUCAGGAAAAAGUGUGAAACCGAUCACACGAACUCUGCUGGUCCCAGCCACAUCCAUUGACCUUCAGUUUGUUAACAGGCCAAAUGAUCCGCAACAACCUGUCAAAACAAGUGCUUCGGUAUAGGAAAACAUGCACAUCUUGAAUCGAUUUCCCACUAGCUGAGGUUGUUCUUCACACACUACCAUCAAAUUAAUUUAAGCGUUUAAACUAAAUACAUAGCCUUGUUUACACAACACUUAAUUGUAGUUGUUUACUGCUGCCAUGUAAAUAGCAUCCUGCAAUGCCAUGAGUAAUUUUUUUAUUUAUGAUAAACAAAAACUUAUUAUAAAAUAGAGCUGUAAAUGUUAUCUAAUGUUUUGGCAUUUCAUUGUAUAAAUAGUAUUGUUUUAAUAUAAUCUUUAGCCAUGUAACUGCCAAACGCUGAGACUGUGACAUAUUUUUUUAGAUCCUGUACAGAUACAGCCACCUUUUUUAGUGAAAACUUAAUAAAUUCUUAAUAAAAAGAAUGUGACAAUUUAACUCUUUCAUGGCAAGAAAGAUACAUUUUUUUUAACUUUCAACACCUAUCCUUAGUUUGCAUGAAAUCUUGUUACAAAUCAAUUUGCAGUAAUAUAUACUGAUGCCCCCUUGUGGCAAAAAAUGUAAAUGCAAUACAUCUUUUCAAAUUGUCCUGUUUUAUUAGCAUGUAGAGAGGUGCAGGUUAUGGGUUUAUUUUCUGAAAAAUCACUGCUGUUUUAUAAUUCAAAUACCUAACAAUAGCCUCAACCACAUGGCUUACUGCUGAUUUCAUUGUAACAUGCUGUCAUGAAUGUAUUAGAUGUUUCUGAUUAAUUGAUGUAUGAAUUACAAAUGGAAUUUUCAAUUCAAAUAAAUAUUCAUUGUUGA